CAAGAUGGAGCUAAUACCACACUUCUUUGUUGGCAUAUGAUUUGACGUGUUGGGGUAUUUUAGUUUAUCAGUUAAUCGUUGCAUGAAUCUUUCGGGAAACUCGUAUUACAAAGUCAGACAGUUUGAAAAGUAUUAAAUAUAUGGUAAUACAUCGAAUUUAUGUUAUAUCACUUGUUUGAAGAAUGCUUUCAGCUUCUAAAAACGUUUGGAAAUGGGAUUUCGUUCCCUUAUUUACGGUUUUAAGCGUCAAAAAUGGAUGACGCCUAUUCAGAACUGGAUAAACUUAUUCAUAACUGUGAGUAUGAAAACCAGCAGUAUUUGAAGCUGAUAGACCACGAAAAGCAACUCAUCGACACAUAUAGAAAGGACACAGAAUUGAAUGUAAAAGAAUGUGAGAGACUUCAGUCUGCAAUAGAUCAGUUCGAGCAGGAUGUCCAGACUUGUAAUAGACAGUUUCACAUAAACAAAGACAAUAUUGAAAGUUUGAAGACAACAAACCAUGUGCUGACUGAACAUGUGGCUGCAAUGAACACAAAGCUGAAAAUGACCAAAGAAAAAAGGGAGCAGCAAAGGUUAGGCCAUGAAAAGCAGCUUAAGCAUUACCAGGACAUUUGGCAGAGGUAUCAAACAGUGUAUGAAAGAUUUCCUCUAGUCCCAGAACUCCAGAGAAUAACAACAAUGAAAGAUGACUUAGCCAAAAAGAUUGAAGAGGAUCAAGAAAAGAUUGUAACCACUAAACAAGAAAUAUCCAGAUUAGAAGGUAGCCAAGACAUCUGUCAGAUGAAUGGGUCACAGUAUAUUGUAAAGAUUGCAGAAAAUAGGAUUGAGAAUCAGAAACUGUUAACACAAAUGGUGGAGAUGAAAGCGGAGAUUCAAACACGGAUGGAAAGACAAACCAAUAUUGAGGUUGAAAACAACACAGAGAAGUUAACAGCCAUUCAGCUUAAUGAUUGGAUAGUGCAUGAACAAAUGGACAGCUCCCAGAUGGAACCAGACGCAAUGUCAAUGGAGAUGGUAUCUCCUAUGAUAAGUUUCUUCAGUGAGAAAGAUGAUGGAGAUCAGAUGGUGACCGAAGAUUCUGUUGUGAGCAGAGAACCUGAAAGAUGUGAUGCUGAAAUGCCAAGUCCAGAAUUGGUAGGACAUGUUGCAGCAGCCGAACCUCCACAAACUGGUCAUACUGAAGGUCAAACCAAUGAUAAUGAACAAACAAUGCAAGUUGAAGAAGUGCAACCUGAGCAGCAGCCAAAUAAAACAGUUGUCAUCUUUAACAAAUCCACAGAAUCUGUUGAGAUUCAACUUGCAAGAGAAGAUAUGCCACACACUGCUGACAGACAAAAUAUGACUUAUUCAACAACAUGUCCUUCAAUCGAUGCUCCAUCGAUGGUUCCUUCGUGCUUUCCGAUCAACGUUUCUUCACAGCGAAAUGUUCAUUGUGAAUCUGGGCUAUUAGCCUCAGAACCGCAUCACACUAUGGCUGCCAAACAUUUCUUUGUUCCCAAAAUGCCUCAAUCUCCUUGCACAAAAGCAACAGUUCAUCAGUCAUGGUCUCCCUUGUUAUCACCAAAUCAUCAAGCCAGUACAUCUAUAACAUCUGCCAGUCGACCAAGACUGCAAGUGCCCCAGGUGAACUUUGGAUCACGUUGUGCAAUCAAGACUCCUCAGGUGGUGUUGAACCCUAGGAAGACAGUUAUGAAUACAUCUAAUGGAACAGACGAAACUGCCCCUUUAGUUAGUAAGGAAAGUACAAUUGAAUCAACCUUUGUAGUGCCUGAGAACAUAAGAACAAAGAUUAUGAAAGGUAAAAUGCCGGCAAAGUCAUCAUCACCACUUCUCGUCACCAAGAGUCCAGGCAUGCAUUCGUCAAUGCCACGUCCACAGACGUUCAUUCCGAGGUUGACUGUGCCGCCAAGGCUGUCUGUCCCCGCUGUUGGUCAGAAUAAAAAGCCACUUACAGUCCCUGCACCACAUUCAGUAUCUUCUAGAGUAUCUCUAGUCCAACACAACAGGCCAAAAACACCAUUAGUACCAGUGUCCUGCCAAACAGGCAAGAAUUCUGAUGAAAGGCCCUCCCCGGUGAAAACUGCAUCAACGCUGCAGCCAUCAGCCGGUGAAUGCCAUGAACAGAGUGAUAGUUAUUAUAUGCCCUUGAAAGACAAAGACAGUGUGGACUUGAUGGCAAAAGAUUCAGACACUCGGAAAAGUCCAGAACAUUUACAAACUGAGAUGAACAAAAAGAAUAGCCCGUUUAAUAUUGAAAAACACAAACAGCGCAUUGCAGAGUUGAAGAAAUCUCCAGGUCACCCAAGUCUCCAUACUGAACGCAGAAUGUUUGUUGGACAGAACCCAUCCUCUGAAGAUAAGCGAAAACUGAUGCAAACUACAUUUUCUCAGGACUCUUGUUUAUAUCCAUUCAUUGGUGCAGGAGACCAAAAUACAAACACAGCUGAUACUGAUCUUGGCAACGAGAACAACACGAACAUUACAGCCACAGGAGACGCCGAUAACAUUCUCAGGAAAGAGCAGGAGUCUGCAUUUGAAAACUUCUUCGCAAGUUUUAACUCGGAAGAAGGCAAGACACCAGCGUCGUUUUUCCAGUUUUCAUCACCGGGCAAAAACGAUAGAAGUCCCACGGAUGGUGGUGGCAGUGUCAUGCAGAUGUUUAACCAAAGUACAGAUAAAAAUGAUGACAAAGGCAACACCGGAUUUAACUUUAAUUUCAAUUUUGAAGACGCUGCUUGUAACGAGGAACCUGAAAAGGAUUCUGCGUUCAGAUUCAACUUCGGAUCUGAUAACAACAGUAAGGAUGGGUCGGAUUUUUUUUCGAUGUUUGGCAGCGAUAAGGAAACUAAUGAUACUGGUUUUAAUUUUAAUUUGGAAAACAAUGAUGAAUCGUCCAAAAAAGCGGCUUCCCCGGUCUUCCGCUUUAACUUCGGUUGAUCAUUUAUUCAUAUUGUUACUUUGGUGCAUAUGAAUUGCUUCGAAACAUACUGAUGUUCAUGUAAACUGAUGUUCUAAUCCUGGAUAUAUUAACUUGUUAUUUAGUUCUGCUUAA